GCACGGGCAGCGCCUUUGGAGCGGCUGCCGCCCCCUCGCCAGGCAAACCGGCGCGGCGGGUGGCUGGACGGGAGCAGAGAUGGGGGCUUCCGAGCGUGCGAAAUAGCCGCCGGGAGGAGAUGCGGCUGCAGCGGCCCCUGCGCCUUGCCUUCCCCUCCCUGGGCUCUUCUGCAGAGUCUACUUAGCCCCCCUUGUGGAGGAGGGAAGCGACGAGAGACCCCCGCCCCGCCUCCCCUUGUUUCCUGCACUCCAGCAUCGAGGUUUGGAACCCGGAGCGACUGAUAACAUGCAUGUAUCACUAGCCGAGGCCCUGGAGGUUCGCGGAGGACCACUGCAUGAAGAAGAAUUAUGGGCCAUAUUGAAUCAAAGUGCGGAAAGCCUUCAGGAGUUGUUCCAAAAAGCUGAUCCAACAGCCCUGGGCUUCAUCAUUUCUCCGUGGUCUCUUCUGCUGCUUCCAUCAGGCAGCGUAUCCUUUACAGAUGAAAAUAUCUCUAACCAAGACCUGCGAGCAUUCACGGCUCCUGAAGUUCUCCAAAACCAGUCGCUUGCAUCACUUUCUGAUGUCGAAAAGAUUCAUGUUUAUUCUCUUGGAAUGACACUUUAUUGGGGAGCUGAUUAUGAUGUUCCACAAAGCCAACCCAUCAAACUCGGAGAUCAUUUAAACAGCAUACUGCUUGGCAUGUGUGAAGAUGUCGUUUAUGCCCGCGUGUCUGUACGGACCGUUCUGGAUGCCUGCAGUGCUCACAUACGGAACAGUAACUGUUCACCUUCCUUCUCUUACGUGAAACAGUUGGUGAAACUGGUUCUGGGGAGUUUGUCUGGGGUAGAUCAGCUUUCCUGCACUGGGGACAAAAAGUUUCAGACUGACAGGAGCCAAGCCAUCCGGGAGAGGCUGAGAGGGAGAGGACUUCCCACAGGAAGAAGUUUAAUGUCUGAUGCUCCAGAUGUGCAUACAGCCCCGUUCUCGCAGCAGGCCAUGCUUAACAAAGGGCUUAGUAAGUCUAUGGGGUUCCUGUCUAUCAGAGGGUUGAAAGGCGAAGAAGAACAUGGCCAGGCCAUUUCCUCCUAUUACAACUCGGGCCGCAAUGAUGAUGCAGGCAGUUGCUGCCCAUACCGAUGCCGAGCGGCUGACUUGGAAAGGAAAGCUGAUGAUGGCCCCAAACGGAAGGUUUGGGCCUCUUCCUCGGAUUUGCUAUGCCCAACUGACAAAGUAACGGAGAGAGACUGUGUUGGGGAUUCUUGGAGGCAACAUCAGCAUGCGGGGACAGUGUCGGUACGGACUUCAGCAGCUAUCAGAAACAAGGAGGGUAGAUACUCUGACGGGAGCAUAGCCCUGGAUAUAUUUGGCCCUCAAAAACUAGAUCAGGUGCGUCAUGUGCCCGAAACAUCCAUGUCUGCAGCCUUAUCAAGUGCCUUUGACCGGAUCAAAGAGAGGCAGAAGAAGUUGCAGUUGCUGAGGGAAGCCAUGAAUGUAGAAGAGCAUGUUCAAAGAUAUAAAUCUUACCACAAUGACAUAUACAGCACAGACAGUGAAAGCCCUUCUUUCGUUUCUUCGGAGGCAGAUUUCAAACAAGUGUCAGUGAGAAGGUUUGAGGCACUGAAGGAUGACUCCAGCAGUCCUUGCCCAGGAAUAGAUGAUGCUUCUCCAACAGGCCGAGUCCAGGGGCAAAGAUCAAGGCCAUAUGAAGCACCACUUGAGGGGAACAUGUUAAGCCAAGAAGUCAUGCUGAAGCGUCAAGAGGAGGAGAUGCUGCACCUGCAGGCCAAGAUGGCCCUCCGGCAGUCUCGGCUGAGCCUCUACCCUGGAGACGUCAUGAGGCCGCCUCUGCCUGAUAUGUCGAGAGACCCGCUGCGAGAAAUUGCACUGGAAACAGCCAUGACCCAAAGGAAAUUAAGGAAUUUCUUUGGCCCUGAAUUUGUGAAAACCACCAUUGAGCCAUUUACCUCCUUGGACCUGCCAAAGUCAAUUUUGAACAAGAAAGGAAAAAAUGAAGACAGUCGUCGGAAAGUAAAUGUCAUGCUAUUAAGUGGACAGAGGCUGGAACUCACCUGUGACACCAAGACUGUGUGCAAAGAUGUGUUUGACAUGGUUGUGGCCCAUAUAGGUUUAAUGGAGCAUCACUUGUUCGGUUUAGCUACUUCAAAAGACAAUGAAUUUUUCUUCAUUGAUCCAGAGCUGAAACUAACAAAAGUAGCUCCUGAAGGCUGGAAAGAAGAACCAAAGAAAAAGAGUAAAAAUACAAUCAACUUCACCUUGUUCUUCCGCAUUAAAUUCUUUGUGGAUGAUGUUAGUUUGAUACAGCAUACUCUGACGUGUCAUCAGUAUUAUCUGCAGUUAAGGAAAGAUCUCCUGGAGGAGAAGAUGCACUGUGAUGAAGAGACGGCUUUGUUGUUGGCCUCACUGGCCCUCCAGGCAGAAUAUGGAGAUUACCAAGCUGAAGUACAUGGCCUCUCCUAUUUCAGGUCUGAGCACUAUUUGCCACCCAGAGUGAUGGAAAACCUGGACCUCUCUAAUGUCAAAGAAGAAUUGCCAAAACUGCACAGCAAUUACGCUGGUGCUUCUGAAAAAGAGGCUGAAUUGGAAUUCCUUAAGAUUUGCCAAAGGCUGACAGAAUAUGGUGUCCAUUUUCAUCGUGUGCUGCCAGAGAAAAAAUCUCAGACUGGAAUUUUGCUGGGAGUCUGCCCCAAAGGAGUCCUGAUUUUUGAGGUCCACAAUGGAGCCCGUACGCCUGUCCUUCGUUUCCCAUGGAGAGAAACAAAGAAAAUUUCGUUCAGUAAGAGAAAGAUCACACUGCAGAACAUAUCCGAUGGCAUAAAACAUGCAUUCCAAACGGACACCAGCAAGACUUGCCAGUACUUGCUACAGCUCUGCUCCUCACAGCAUAAAUUCCAGCUCCAGAUGAGAGCCAGGCAAAGUAAUCAGGAUACCCAAGAAAUUGAGAGAGCCUCCUUUAGGAGCCUCAACCUCCACACGGAUUCCACGAAAGGGUUUAACAUGGGGCGCGCCAUCAGCACCGGCAGCCUGGCCAGCAGCACCUUAAACAGACUGGCGGUCCGGCCUUUGUCAGUGCAAGCGGAAAUCCUCAAGCGGCUCUCCUACUCUGAACUGUCCCUCUUCCAGCCCACCCAAGGCUGCACCAGAGACAAAAAUGAGAAGGCAGCAUGGGAGGAAAGACCCAAAAUUAUGAGCAAAUCCUUUCAUGACCUCACCCAGAAUCAAGUGACUGUCAGCCCACUUCCGAAAACUGCUCUCGCCCCUGUGGACUCGCCCUCACACAGGAUGGAGGGAUUGAUGGGGAAGCUCUUUCAGCAGGUGCCAAAAUCUGAUAUGGAAUCGGUGGCUGGAGGAGCAAAACUAAACAAUUCACACUCUCAUGCAGGUUUAGAUGCCAGCCUAGAAAGAAGGAAAAAUGAAUCUGACUCUUCAUCUACUGAAGAAACUGGCCAAGCCUUUGUUGUAGAUGUUCUGCAAACAAAGCAGAAUGCCGUGCAAUUGCCAGAAAGGGAGAUCAACUUGGUGACCUUGAGAAAAGAUGAAAAAUGUGGUUUAGGAUUUCAGAUCACAGGUGGGGAGAAAACUGGAAAACUUGAUCUUGGAAUUUUUAUUCAUUCAAUCACUCCUGGAGGACCAGCUGAUCGACAGGGAUCACUAAAGCCAGGAGACCGCCUCAUAUCGGUGAACAGCGUGAGCUUGGAAGGUGUCAGCCAUCACAGGGCUCUAGAGAUCAUUGACCAGGCUCCAGAUGAUGUGACGCUUGUCAUCUCGCAGCCGAAGGAGGGGCCUAGCAAAGCAUUGUCUAGUCUUCUCAGUGGCACUAAGGGGUAUUUAAAGAGACCUUCACUCACACCAGACAACGAAGCUGAAUCUUCUUCAGAAGAACACAACAGGCUGCUAAGUCACCCAAGGCCCGUCUCUGGAAGUUUAUCGGGCCUCUGCUCAGGCAAACGGGAUGGAAGCCUGAGCUCUCAGGAUUCCAGGACCGAAAGCGCCAGCUUGUCCCAAAGUCAAGCACAUGGUGGUUUUGGAAACCACAUCAGUGAGAGGACCCAGCAGGAAUUCCAGCCUUGCAGUGAUUCCCAGCUUGCCCUUUCCAAAUGCGUGGAGAGGAAUGGAUCUUCUUUGGAGAUGCACCUGGCAAAGGCGAAAAAGCCUGGGAUGGUGGAGACAGUCGAGUAUUCCGACCGAGGGGAUUCUGAUAUGGAUGAAGCCACUUACUCGAGCAGCCAGGAGCAAACGACCACCAAAAAGGAGGCAUCGUUCAUGAAUUUGGCCAACUCAAUGAAUUCUAAAAAGUUUUCUGCACCACCUCUUAAGCCUGGAGAUAUCUUUGAGGUUGAACUGGUCAAAAAUGAUAACGGCUUGGGAAUAAGUGUCACGGUACUGUUUGACAAGGGUGGUGUGAAUACCAACGUGAGACAUGGAGGCCUUUAUGUGAAGGCUAUUAUUCCUAAGGGAGCUGCAGAAGCUGAUGGUAGAAUUCAAAAAGGUGAUCGUGUGCUUUCUGUCAAUGGGGUUACAUUGGAAGGAGCAACCCAUAAACAAGCUGUGGAAAUCCUGAGGAAUACUGGCCAGGAGGUUCACCUGGUCUUAGAGAAGGGGCAGCUUUCAUCAUCUAGAGUCCAUGCUCCAGUGACACCACAGAGUACACCUCCAAACCAGCCCAGUCAUGGUGGGGCUCCAGAGAGGCCCGUGAGGAAAUCAGCAAGUGCCAAAGAGUACAAUUUUGUCACUGAUGACAACUCGUUUGAGGUGAAGCUAGUGAAAAACAGUUCAGGCCUGGGGUUCAGCUUCUGUCGUGAAGACAGUGUUUCCCCGGAACAGCCAGGUUCCAGCAUAGUCCGAGUCAAAAAGCUCUUUCCCGGGCAGCCUGCUGCAGAAAGUGGGCAGAUUGAAGUUGGGGAUGUCAUCCUGAAAGUGAAUGGGUCUUCUCUGAAAGGACUGUCCCAACAGGAAGUUAUCUCAGCUCUCAGAGGAACAUCUCCUGAAGUCACCCUUCUCCUCUGCAGGCCACUUCCUGGAAUACUUCCAGAAAUUGAUCCCUCUUUAUUGACCCCUAUCCAUUCCCCACCACAGAUUUUCCCUGAUAUCAGCAAAGGAAGCCUUCAGCCAUCUAACAGAGAACAAGAUGACAGUUCUGAUGAAAAUGAAGCCACAGAUAAGAGCAGGAAAUGUGCCAAGUCACCCUCUCGGAGAGACAGCUACAGUGAUAGCAGCGGGAGUGGAGGGGAAGAGCUUGUUUCCAGCAUGACCCAAAUAGCAAGCGCCAAGUGGGGUUCUGCUCUGUACCAGACUCCAAACAAAUCUCCCACUCAAGCACAUAGUCCUUAUGAAAUGCCCUGCAGUCAGGAGGAAGCUAUUCGCACGAUAUAUCACUCUUCUCAUGAGUCACCUAGGCAACCAAAAAUGGAGGACAGUUCCCCUCCAUCUCCUCUGCUGAUGGAUUUGCCACCAAUACCAAGCUGUAGAACCAUCACACCUGGAUCAACGGAUGAGAAAUACAGCUGUUCUCUCUCUGAACUCGCCACACCACAGGGGGGCCUGGUAUCGCUUUUCAACCAGCUUGAAAAACAUGCUGAUGAAUAUGAACCGGAGGUGGAACUUCAUGUUGUCCUUACCAAAUCGGAGAAGGGCAGCCUUGGAUUCACGGUGACCAAAGGCAAUGAUAAUAUUGGCUGUUACAUCCAUGACGUUAUUCAGGACCCUGCCAAAAGUGAUGGGAGAUUGCGACCUGGAGAUCGCUUGAUCAAGGUUAAUGAUACAGACGUCACAAAUAUGAGCCACACUGAUGCAGUCAGCUUUCUCCGAGCUGCCCCAAAGAUGGUCCGACUGGUGCUCGGACGUGUUCUGGAGUUACCCAAGAUACCUGUGAUGCCACAUUUGCUGCCUGACAUUGUCCUAACAUGCCACAAAGAAGACCUGGGCCUCUCCCUCGCCGGCGGCCAGGACAGCCUUGCUCAGGUCGUAUACAUUAGUGACAUCAGUCCCAAAUCUGCCGCGGCCCUGGAGGGGACUCUCCACACGCUGGACAUCAUCCAUUACAUUAACGGGAUCAGCACUCAGGGAAUGACUCUGAAAGAAGCGAAGAGGGUUCUGGAAAUGUCGCUUCCCACUGUGAUACUGAAAGGAACCAGGGACGGUCAUCCAGUGUUUCCAAGGUCCAAAAACUCCGACAGCUUUGGCCUGAGUUCAGUCAAGCACAAUGGCCACUUUCAUGGAGAACCCUGCGUCAAAGCAGAAACAGGAUCUGAAGCACAUGUGCCCAAGAUUAAUGGUGAAAUUAACAGCAGCCACCAGCCAAAAGGGCCAGCACAUGUCUCUGUCUGUAAAGAAAUGCCCCCAAGUGACGCUGCUGGUCAGGCUUCUGAUUUUUCCAGCUACAAUAACAACUCAGCAGAACUACAAGAUGAAGAUUCUUAUGAUGAGGAGGAUCACAAUGAAGUCAUCCAGUACCUUCUAGAUGUUGUCGAUGAGGAAGCCCAGAACCUGUUAAACCGUAGUAACGCCAUAGCUGCAAACCAUGUGCCAGAGACAAAUGGGAAGCUUUCAGAAGAGAAAUCGGAAGACACAGACUGUGAUGGGUCAUCCCUGCCUGAAGAUUUUCCAGAGCCACCCCAAAUAAAUGGCUGCGAAGAGCACUGUAAUGACAAAAGGAUUUCUGAAAGAUUACUUCAGCAACCUUUGAUGGGUCAGGGAGAGGAAGACGAGAUUACCUGGGGAAGCGAGGAGUUGCCAAUUGAAUCAUUAAACCAGCCACAGUCUGUGAAAGAUGCCAAUAAAUUCAUCUCCUGUGUGCCAGAUAGCCCCUUAGUCACCAAUGAAGAACUUGCUGCCCUUCCAGUUGUCCAAGUGCUUCCCUCGGGCAAGUACACGGGCACCAAAUUAAAGUCAACUAUCCGGAUGCUUCGAGGCCUGCUGGAGCAAGGAAUUCCUUGUAAGGAGAUCGAGAAUCUUCAUGACUUAAAACCUUUGGAUCAGUGUCUGGUGGGCCAAACAAAAGAAAACCGGAAGAAGAAUAGAUAUAAGAACAUACUGCCCUACGACAGCACAAGAGUGCCGCUGGGUGCCGAAGGAGGCUACAUCAACGCCAGCUUUAUCCGGAUGCCAGUGGGGAGUAAGACAUAUGUUUAUAUUGCUUGCCAAGGACCCCUCCCUACGACUGUGUCCGACUUCUGGCAAAUGGCUUGGGAGCAAGGCUGCACUGUCAUCGCCAUGAUGACCCAGGAGGUGGAAGGAGAGAAGGUGAAGUGCCAGCGCUACUGGCCCGACGCCCUCGGGAAGACCGCCAUGAUCAGUGACCGGCUCCGUCUCUCCCUCGUGAGGCUGCAGCAGGUCAAAGGCUUUGUCAUCAGAGUGAUGGAGCUAGAGGACAUUCAGACAGGCGAACUUCGGCGUAUUUCCCAUUUGAACUUUACUGCCUGGCCCGAUCACGACACGCCCUCUCAGCCGGACUGUUUGCUCAUGUUUAUAUCUUACAUGAGGCACAUCCACAAAUCGGGGCCAAUCAUCACUCAUUGUAGUGCAGGCAUUGGACGAUCAGGGACUCUUAUUUGCAUAGAUGUAGUCUUGGGACUGAUCAGCCAAGAUCUGGAGUUUGACAUCUCUGACGUGGUGCGGACAAUGCGCCUACAGAGACAUGGCAUGGUGCAAACUGAGGACCAGUAUAUUUUCUGCUAUCAAGUUAUUCUAUAUGUCCUAAAACGUCUCCAAGCAGAAGAACAGCAAAGAAACAACUAACAUAUUAAAACUGAAUAUGCACUUAAACAGGGAAACUGAGAGAGGAGGCUCUUUAUUAAUUUGGGUGUAUUAACACCACAAAAUUAAACUAGUUUAACAUUCAUGUCAUCCUCUUAGAGGACUGCAGUUCUGUGACAGAAAGUGGUAAUAGAAAAUCCUCUGCUCCCUCAUUAAACUACAAUUCCCUGCAUUCUUUGGUGGAAAGCAGGACAGUUAACGUGGUAAAAACCAAUGUACAUGUGUAGGGUGGGUAAGCCCUUUAUAUAAUUCCAUUUCCAGUCUACCAAGUACCACUACAAUCCCGCUCUGUUAAUGGGUGGGAUCCUUGUACUCCACUUACUUUUAAUACAGCUGCAUUUUUACAGCUAUUUCAAACUAUGGUAAUCAAUUGACUUUUUUAAAAACAAAACCUUAUUAUUUUUUUAAAAACGUGUUAGUGCUUCCCCGCUUUAUAGUAUAUUUUUGAUGUUAGAGGGAAUGAGGGUGGGAAACGAAAGCGAUAUUUUAUCCUGGUGGACUUUCUUACAGGUACGUUUUUAUUAGCCUCUUUUUCAACUUUGUUUAUAGCAGAGCAGUCUUUUUGCAACACUUAUAAUACAGUAGAACUGUUUAUAGAAAAUACUUGAAAUCAGUAUUUAAGCUUUGCGGAACAUCAUAUUAGUGUAAGGGAAAAUAGCAAACGUUUACUGUAUCACGUUACAAUGUUUACUUUAUAUAGAGUCUUGUGUAUAUAUUUAUAUACUUUUCCAAAAAGAAGAUGAAUUAUCAGAUGCCUGAGCCUGUAACAGCUGAGACAUCUCCAUAGUGUAAAUAAAAGGAUGCUUUUAAAAUAUGGAAA